UGAAAUAAUAAUGUCUAGAGGGAGAAAUCUAAACAUAGGUCUUAAUACCUUCAGGAUCAAAAAGCCUGAUUUCUCAUCAACGAUGCACAAGACCGUGUAUUCACAGAUGUAUUCCCCAAGAAAUGGUAGUCAGAACAGAAGCCGAGGAAGUUCAUCAGCCAGCGCCCGCCAGAUUGGAGAUGAGACGUUUGACGGAAUGCGCAGAUCCUAUAAUUCCUGAACGAAGAGGAAAACUAAAUUUCAUUUUGAUCAAACUUACUGACCUGCAGGUUCAGAUACUCCUAAUUUUUCAGGUUUUUUUAACAAGAAGCCCAAAACUAAAAGGUUUGAACUCUUAUUCAGGGAGACAUACCGCAUGCAUAAGUUCAAGCAAGAGUCUCGGAAUGGAAGAGAUAAUAUUCUAAGGAAAAAGAAGCAGAUUCGAGAAACUCGGGAUCCAAAUGAUGAAGUCUAUCUCUCACCAGUGAAGGCUAAAAAGCCUCGCUACACUGAUGGGAGCAAGGGUAGGAUAACUCCUGAGCAUGAGUACUUCUUCUCCGUUACGAACCAAGCUUUCCUUGAUCCUAAAGUACUCUCAAAAGCUCGGACUACCACUGUCAAGGCCAAGAGAUGGAAUGCCAACGAAGACACCUUGCUUAUGAACCUUGUUGGGAAAUAUGCAGGAAAUUGGAAAAAGAUAUCUGAAAGACUUGAAACAGCUAGAGGUCAUAAUGAUCAGACAAAGACUCCGAUUGACUGUAGUAAGAGAUGGAGGAACCUCAAGAAGCAGAAACAAGCUGACUGGAGUGAGAAGGAAAAUGACAAAUUAUUAAACCUAGUGUCCACCAAGGGAUGUAACUGGUCCGUUUUUACAAAAUACUUCAAUAACCGUACGAAAGACCAGCUCAGGAAGCACUACUUGAAAUUGAAGAAGAACGGAAGAGUUCCGCAAAUAAAAAAGAAAAACAUCAGGAGGUUUGCAGAAUACCAAAGGAAGGUCCAACCCAGUGAAAAGUCUGAGAAUCUCAAAGAAAUCAUGGAAGUUGAUGAAUGUAAGGAGAUGUACCCUCAACAUGAAGUUUUUGAGCCCUUUGUUGGGUAUAACUAUAUGACCCUUACUGGAAACCACUUCAGGAAAAGAAGUGCGAACCAUCCAAGUCUAAAAUCGAAAAAGAGCUCGAUUAGGUCUUCUUAUUACAGCUUCAAGCGCAGCUCUAAAAAGAGAGGCACUGUUUCAAGUCAUGGAGAGUGGUCUGACAUUGUAAAUUCGAAGAGAGGAUCGAUCAAUUCCAAACUCUCGUUCUCCAAGGGUUCCUUCCGAAACAUCCAGCAAUCAUUCUACUCGACACAUGACCAGAGAAUGGACAAUAAUCCGAUUUUUGAUAAAGAACAAGUCGGUGACCAAAAUAAACUCUCUUAAUUCAAAGUAUUCAACUUCAUUA